GGGACCUCUGCGACCUCGCCUCAGAGCCCGGCCAAGUCUGAGUCCCUGGCGACCACUCGAGUUGGGGCCUGUCCGACUAACCCUCUAACCGAAGCCCACCCGCCGUCACCAUGGCAUGCAGUUUGCAGAAGCUGUUUGCUGUGGAAGAGGAGUUUGAGGAUGAGGAUUUCUUGUCCGCUGUGGAGGAUGCAGAGAACCAGUUUGCUGGCUCGGGACCUGUGAAUGCUGGAUGCCUCAGACCCGUCCCUUCCCGGGCACCAGGGACGGCGCAGACACAGUCUUCCCGGCCGCUGCCGUCACGUCCCACUGCGUCUUCAGAGGCUUCGGGCCUGCCAAGCCUGGGACUCUGUCUUCCACCCUCCAGCAUGCUCAGGGCCACCAGGGGUCCGCCUUCCACGGCAACAGGCCCCCUGAGGCCCGUCUCAGCUGCCGGCAGCUGGACGGGCAGUCCGAGGAGAGCGACACUGACAGAAGCGCUCAAAGAGCCAGCGAGACCCCCAUCCUCAGCCUCUCGCUCCCUGCUUCCCUCUGAGAGCAAACAGCAGGGGGCUGGUAGCUUCGAGGGGCCUGAACACGAUGAAUUUGACGAGGUCCUGGCCAGCAUGGAGCUGGAAGGGCCUGGCAUGGAGCUGGACCUUGGAGCUAACAGUGAGGCCACUGGAGUUCUACCCACCGGGCAGCGGGAAGACGUCACAUUGGCUAAAAAGGCUCGCGUAGCCGGUCCGAGCAGAUCUUGCCAAAAGGGGCCCAUGCCUGCCACCCACGUGACGGGUAUCACGGCAGCCCAGGACCAGUCUCCAGAUCCUCUUGUCUACUGCGGGUCCCCGCAGCCCCACGUGAGACCUGGGGCCGUGGGGAACCUUCCUGUCCCCGCUGCCUCGACAGUUCCUGCUCAGCAGCCCCGCUGGGAAGCCUGUUCCCCACUUCGAGGAGCCCCGCCUCUUCCAGCUGCUGGAAGGCCCCUUCAGAGUAGCCCUCAAAACCGUGCCCCCUGUCAGUCAUUCCAGUCUCCAAAGGCCCACUUAAGUGGCCAACCCAGUUUUCCACGAACUCCCAACUCAAACUAUUCUACUCCCUCCAGGGCUGUCUCUGGGUUUUUCCCUCGGGGGCCCUUACAACCCCGAGCUCCAGCGUCUUCUGUUGAGUCUCCUGUCAGCACCCCCAAGGGCCCUCACUCCCCCCUGGCUCCCCAAGCAGCUCUGCAGACGCCCAUAGUCACCAACCACCUGGUACAGCUGGUCACUGCCGCCAGCCGCACACCCCAGCAGCCGCCGCGCACCGCCACCCGCGCCAAAGCACGCCGCUUCCCGGGCCCAGCAGGGAUCCUACCUCACCAACGCAGUGCGAGAAACCUGGAGGAGAUCAUGGUUUCCACGCCCCACACGCCGACUCACGGGGCUCUGGCUAAAUUCCAGGCGGAGGUUGGCACCGGUUCCCCGGCGUCGGUGGAGGACGAUUUCGGGCGAGGGCCCUGGCUGACCAUGAAGUACGCCCUGGGCCUGGACGAGAGAGACCCCGCCUGCUUCCUCUGCACCUACAGCGUCAUCAUGGUGCUGCGGAAGGCAGCCCUGAAGCAGCUUCCCGGGAACAAGGUCCCCAGCAUGGCAGUGAUGAUCAAGUCCCUGACUCGGAGCACGAGGGACGCCAGCGCGGUCUUCAAGGACCCCACGGGAGAGAUGCAGGGCACAGUGCAUAGGUCGCUGCUUGAGACGCACCAGAAUGAGUUGAAGCCUGGCUCAGUGCUGCUGCUAAAGCAGAUUGGGGUGUUUUCUCCUUCGCUCCGAAACCACUACCUCAACGUGACGCCCAACAACCUGGUGCGCGUUUACGGCCCGGAUUCUGGGGAGGGGAGCUCCCUCCGGCCACCUCAGCCCCUCCCCAAGGACCCAGGUGGCUUCCACGGCAGCCUCCAGCCUGACACUGUGGAGCCCGGGAAAGACCACGGAACAGCACAGAACCCAGAGGCAAGGACACUCCCCGAAGAACUCCCAGAAGCAGAUGACCUGGAUGGGCUCCUGAGUGAGCUCCCCGAGGACUUCUUCUGUGGGAGCAGCAGCUGGGACCGCCUCCAGGCGGGGCACCCUCCCUGAGCAGGCGGGGCUCUGGUUGUGUCCGAUCACGCCCACGCGGGAGGAAGACAGCGCGAUUGGAGAACAAGCAACGCUCGGGGCUUCUGAGGCUGCUCCCACCCUGGAUGCUGCCCCCACCCUGGAUGCUGCCCCCGAGAAGACCCUCGUCCCUUGGAAUCCGCACCACUGUCACGGGGGUCUCCUUCGGCAUUCCGGAACUCAGCCCAAGGCUGUCCCCCAGGCCCUGGGGCGCGGUGUUCUCCUGUCAACCGCGGGGGGGCACUGCUGUCCCGCCUCAUCUUGACUUCAGAGGACACUGGGCCUGGUCCCCCUACCCCCCAGCCCCUGCACAGCUGGGAGCCGGAGGACCCACACCACAGCAUGGCGAUCUGUCCCUGAGGACGGGGAGGGACGCACUCAGACUGCCUUCCACUUUGUCUCUUGAGGCCUGCAGCUGCCCAGUUUGCCUGUGUCCGAGGCCCACGGGUGUGGGGCAGGGGCGUGGCGAGGCCGCCUUGCUCUGAAAUAAAGCGGC